AUGGGCGCCACCGGCCAACGUCGGCUGUCAUCUCUGCCCGCGGCGGCGGCCGCGCCCCUCCUGCUUCUGCUCGUCGUGUCCUCCUGGAGCCAGGCGGCGGCGGCGGCUCCGGUCUGGACGACGGCGCUGGAGAAGCACGUGGCGUUCUUCGACACCGACAACGACGGCAUCGUCUCCUUCUCCGAGACCGAGCAAGGGCUUCGUGCCAUCGGUCUCGGAGCUAUCGAGGCGGCGGCCAGCACGACCCUGAUCAACGGAGCCAUCGGACCCAAGACCAGACCUGAAAAUGCUACGACGUCGCGGUUUGACAUCUACAUAGCCAACAUCCAUAAAGGGAUCCACGGGAGCGACAGCGGCUCGUACGAUGCUCAAGGAAGGUUCGUUCCGGCCAAGUUCAACGACAUAUUCGCCAAGUACGCCAAGGUCAAGCCGAACGCCCUGAACGAGGACGAGCUGGGGGAGAUGCGCACUGCCAACAGGAAGGAGGGUGACUUCAAAGGAUGUAACUCCGCCGGCGGUUGCAGGGCGGCGUCGAAGGCGGAGUGGGGCAUGCUCUACAGCCUCGCCAAGGACAAGGACGGCUUCCUUCAGAAGGACACCGCGCGCAGCGUCUACGACGGCAGCCUCUUCGCUAAGCUGGCCAAGAAGGCUGCUUCGUCUGGAAAUUAA